UAAGGAAGGAAGUUUGAUCCGAGCAACUGUGAUUUCCUGUAACCACAAGCAAGAGUUGUUUGGCUGGUUUCAUUUCCGAGGAAACAGAAACCUAAGGGGAGUCUGUGACUGCUCUCACACAAACACAGAUCAGAUCCCCAUCGGCAGCACACUAAUGCAGGAUGGCAAGGAUUUCAGGAAGAGGCACAAGUUGCUGUGUAGCUCUGUUCCUUGCACUGACCUCUGUGUCAGCUGUACAAAGGCUCAAUUCAAUCAAUGAUUUGAAGAAAAUCAACUUUGGACAAUCUGUGCCCAAGCACAGUCUCCUGCUGCUCCACUGGUUUGCCAACAUCGUUGAUAUCGACAAUAACAAUGUCAUACGGCUCACCUUUGACCCAAACAAUGGAGAUCAUGGCUCGCAUCAUUAUGGCAAUUUUGAGCGGGUGCUGGACCCACUGCCUCAGGGUUACCAGUAUUUCACCGUUGGCAAUAUCAAUCUACACGCAUCUGAAGAUCUUCCAGAUUAUGUCGUCAAUCCCCGACCAGAGUAUGUGGGACGUAACAGGGACCGGAUCGUAUUCAGAGUCAGGCAGCAGAACAGAGGACAGCAAGCUUUGCAGACAGAUCAAGUGUACAUCACACAGCAUUAUGGGACUUCUGAAAAUCAGGGGACAAGGUAUGAUCCAGAACAUACGUACCGGGUCACUAUCAACCUCUUAAUACAGAUCAGAGAGUUCUCUGUGAUACAUAACCAAGAGUCACUGUGGGAUCUCAGAAAUCGCUUUGGAAGUAGCGCUGAUGAUUACCAGUUAAGGCACAUCUCAAACACAUGGGGCAAUCUUGCUUUUCUCGGACUGCUGUUGUUUAUUGUGAUUCAGGAAAAGCACUCCACUAGCCGACACAACAACAGACCUCAGCGUGCAGUGAAGAAUAGCACACAACCGGAUUUUGUUGUCAAUAUCCCAGAAAACAGACGAAAUCAUGUGGAGUCUAAUGCUUGGGGGAAUUUUGCAAACCGUCUACUGGAUCAGGGGGAUGAGAUACAACUUGGGGUGACGACCGGCAGGAAUGGAAAAGCCAGGAUUAUUUGGGACGAUAUUCCAAGAUAUCGUCUAAACAAUGGAGUGAUGGUAGUGCUUUUCAAGAACGAUGAGGACCAGGAAGCAAGCAGGAUUUUUAAGUCCAUUGGGAACAGAGAAUCGGGCAGUUGGGACACCUCAGUACUGUUAAAUGACGGCCUUCAGGCCCGGCUGCAUAAGGUGAGAAGAGAGUGCUGCUUCUGGAAAGUGGUGGGAGAGGAGAUAUGCAGAGGUCCUGAGUUUAAGAAUCCAAGAGCAGACAAAACAGUCAAAAUAGAAAACUACGACGCAACACUCCAGCUCUUUGUAAAAGAUGGUAAGGCUUGUGCUCGCUUAUUUGUUAAGAAGACUUUCCGUGAGUGGAAGUCGGUAUUUAACAAUAGUUGGGUUGGGUUCUACACCUCUGCAGCUAAAGCCACAAAUCAGUAUGGAUGGUGGCAGUGGCAAUGGGCAACUAAUUUCAGAGUUAACACUGAUGUUGAGAACCCAUCUUAUGAUGUCUAUGAGUAUCACUCAGGUAUGGAAAUUGCCCCAGGAGUACAAGCACGAUUCAUACAGCAGGGUGAGAUGGUUUCAGCAUGCACUCCAAGCUGGGGGUGAAGAAAACUACUCGAGAUACACUGAAGACAAUGUUUUUAUAGAUAGAAACGUUUUCCUGCUGUAUACUUUGUUUGGCCUCCACGUGUUAAUUUUUUUAUGAAAUUUGCCAAUUUUGUGUGCUUUGGUCAGUUAAAUUGAGAUAUAUCCAUAUAACAAAUGUGUGAUUACUUUGGAUACUUGAAGGGUCUUUAGAGUUUUGGUGCAGCCCAGACAAUCUUUUAAAUUUUUAUACUACAGGACCAGAGUAAAUAGUAGCAGUGAACGAAAACCUUCAGACAGAAAGCCUGCACUGAUAACGUAUUAGCUUUUGGAAAAAAGAAGAAAAAAACUGGAUUGUAUUUUUACUUGUAUGACCAUGUGUUGUUGAUGUAAUGUUGAAAAUUGUGCAUUUAUAAUAAACCACACUGGGUGAAUCA